UGCGAUAUGGAACGAGUUACGAAACUGCGUGACUCGCCGGUCAGUAAUAUCGAUAAUUAUUCAGUCGUCGGUGGAUUCUUGGCGUUGAAAGUUAUCGUUUUGAGUUUUGAAGCAUCAUGAGUCUUAUUAGGGAGGAUUUGUUGAGGGAGUUCGCCAUCUGGGGCACUGUCCUGGUGUUGAAGACCCUGGGAAUGGCUUUGCUGACUGGGAGACUGAGAUUUGGGAAAAACGUAUUCGCGAAUCCCGAAGACUCUUUCGGCAAGAAAAUAAAAGUAGCUACAGAUGAUCCAGACAUCGAGAGAGUCAGAAGAGCCCACAGAAAUGACUUGGAGAACAUUCUCCCCUGGUUCGUAAUGACAGCAAUUUGGCUCACCACUGGACCGGCCUACUACUGGGCCAUGAUCCUCAUUAGAACAUUUGUUGCCGCUCGAAUUGUCCACACACUCGUCUAUGCAGUUGUCCCCAAACAGCCUCACCGAGCUCUCGCCUUCUUCGUUGGCUUCGCCAUCACCAUUUACGAGGCAGUUUCGACUUUGAUGUACUAUCUCUAAGUUUAAAUAACAGAUUGUGUGAGUGGCAUGAAUUAUUGAAGCGAAACCGCUGAAUCCAAAACCGGUUUAUCAUUUUUUUUCGCAUAGAAUAUUUUCUAUGAUUUUUUAAAAAUUAAAGUGAAAUAUUUUUAUAUCUGGUGUGGUGAUAAUAAAAUGAUGUAACAUCACAUGAAAUAUUGA